AAUCCGGGUGGACAUUCUCAAUCAUUGCUUUUUAUCAAAUACUUCCGAAUCUGCACGAUGUUGAAGCAGAGUUUGGUUUGCGUUGCACUGCUGGCGGUGGCUCUCGGAGCCCCACAGCAACAACAGCGAAAUCAGGUUGAAGAUCCGAACGGAAUUACACUUGUGCGGUACGAUUCUCAUAACGAUAAUGAAGCGGGAUAUAAGUUCACAUAUGAGCAGAACAACAAACAGAUUUUUUCGGAAGUAGGCACUCCCAAGGACACUAAUGGAGGCACGCGGGUUCUGGCCGUAGAAGGAGCUUACACGUUUGUCGGACCGGACGGCCAAACGCACUGGGUUACCUAUCGGGCGGACGAGAACGGAUUCCUACCCAAAACAGGAACUGGUAAUGUUGGUGGAAUUCAGCCUGGACAGGAUGCUCCCGUGCCUCACUAAUAGCUAGUUGAGAAUAAGGUGGCCAAUACUAGUCAGAGCUUGGAGAUUGAUGUAAUUUUUCAAUAAAAAACUACGUACUAAGAA